CCAUGCUGGACCUUGUGGGUGGUGGGCCCACAUGGUUUCCCCAUGUUGCCUCUUCACGCUGAGCCAGGCUGUGUUAUGUGGGCUGCCCAGCCACAAGGUGCUCGCUACCCCCAGGUCUACCAGGAGCAUAUUGCUCCCAUUGACUUGGCUCUGAAGAUCCCUAGACCACACAAGCCCCUCCGCCCUGACAAGGCCCUGAUCCAGGAGGGGAGAGGAAAGUGAGAAUAUUUAAAUGAAUAUAUUAAUGUGUGUGUGUGUGUGUGUGUUUAGAUUGGAACAUGGAGGUGAGACCAGAAUGAAACCAGGACUGAAGAAAUAUUUCUGUCAGCUGACUCUGGAUCCCAACACAGCACAUCCUCAUUUCAGUCUGUCUGACAGCAACAGAUUGGUGAUGCACAGUGGUAAAGUCCAGCCUUACUCUGAUCAUCCAGAGAGAUUUGACUGGUGGGCUCAGGUGUUGUGUAAAGAGAGUGUGAGUGGACGCUGUUACUGGGAGGUUGAGUGGAGCAGUCGGGGACAGGGGUGGCUGUACGUAUCGGUCUCAUAUAAAGGGAUCUGCAGAAAAGGACGGGGUCACGACGGUGUGUUUGGACGCAACAGUCAGUCCUGGAGUCUGGAAUGUUCUCCCACUCUCUCGUUCUGGCACAACAGCAUUCAGACUGUGCUCUCAGGUCCAUCGUCCUCCAGAAUAGGAGUGUAUGUGGAUCACAGUGCAGGAACGUUGGCCUUCUACGGCAUCUCUGACACAGUGACCCUCCUGCACACGGUCCACACCACAUUCACACAGCCACUCUAUGCCGGGUUCUUUGUUGGUGAAGCUGACUAUUCUGUAAGGUUGUUUGAUAAGUAA